AUGGUGGCUUUCAACAAGGCGGCGUUGGUAGCUGCUGGCAUUGCCUCCUCUGCAGCUUACGAGGUUCAUGUCAAAGCUUCUGGUGGCAAUGUGACUGGCAAGUUCGGGCACCCUUUUGGCUAUGGCUUCUUGCACGAAGACAUCAACAACUCUGGAGAUGGUGGGAUCUACGCAGAACUGAUCCAGAAUCGCGCUUUCCAGUCCAGUCCCGACUAUCCUGUGAAUCUGCAUCAUUACUUCCCAGUCAAUGGCGCUCACUUGAGCAUCCAAAACCUCAGUGAGCCACUUUCCGAUGCUCUACCGUCUUCAAUGAGAGUUGCGGCUGGUCACGAGAUCGGUUUCGUUGGCUUUAAGAACGAUGGGUAUUGGGGAAUAGAUGUGAGGAAGCAGGAGUAUUCUGGGUCCUUCUGGGUUCGCGGUGCCUAUACCGGAACAUUCACGGCAGCUUUGCAAUCAAACAUCACAGGCGAAGUCUUCGGCAGUGUCGACGUGACUUCAAAAUGUGUGGCUGACGACUGGGUUGAGCAUGUGUACACGCUCGUGCCAGAGAAGGAUGCACCAACCUCAAAUAACACAUUGACAAUCACCUUCGACCCCGCAAAAGCCGACACGGAAUACCUGGACUUUAAUCUGAUCUCGCUAUUUCCACCUACCUACAAGGGGCGCAAAAAUGGUUUGAGAAUCGACAUCGCCGAAGCCUUGGCAGACAUGAAUCCGAGUUUCUUACGCUUCCCAGGUGGCAACAUGCUCGAAGGAAGAAAUCUCGCUCACUACUGGGAUUGGAAAGAUACCUUGAAGCCGUUGCGAUAUCGACCAGGGUUUCAAGGCGUGUGGAACUAUCAGCAAACGCAUGGUCUUGGACUUAUGGAGUAUCUUUACUGGGCGGAGGAUAUGGGUCUUGAGAUAGUUGUCGCUGUCUGGGCCGGCCUCGCGCUUGACGGCAACGUCACCUCUCAGGGCCAACUCCAGCCUUUCAUCGACGACGCCUUGAACGAGAUCGAAUUCAUCAGCGGUCCUGCAAGUUCAGAAUGGGGCGCCAAGCGAGCAGAGCUUGGCCAUCCGGAGCCUUUCGAACUGAAUUACGUGGAAGUUGGAAAUGAAGACUGGCUGGCAGGUUAUCCCGAAGGCUGGAAGUCCUACAAAGAGUACCGCUUUCCAAUGUUCCACAAGGCAAUCUCUGCAGCUUAUCCACACAUCCAAGUCAUUGCCUCAGCAGCGACAUCUGACCCGGCGCCAGAGGGUGAGACUUUUGGACCGAACAAGACUGAUGGAUAUAUUUUCCCAGAAGGUGUCAUGGGCGAUUACCAUCCCUACCGAGAACCCAAUGAGCUUGUGGGCGAGUUUGAUCGCUUCGACAACGACAUUGCACAUAUUGUUGGAGAAGUCGCAGCAACACACGUCAAUGGUGCAACUCCGCCCCGGUGGGAUCAUGGACUCUACAAGUUUCCAUGGUGGAUUGGUGCUGUCGGCGAAGCAGUUUCUCUCAUCGGCUAUGAGCGCAACUCCGAUCGCAUCCCCGGCACGUUCUACGCUCCCGUGCUCCGCAACAUGAACCGAUGGCAGUGGUCGAUUACGUUGCUACAAUAUGCUGCCGAUCCCAAACUCACGACGAAAGCUGUCACUUGGUACUGUUGGUCCCUAUUCGCACACCACCCCAUCACGCACACGGUCCCGACGACUUCCGAUACCAGCUAUGGUCCACUAUACUGGGGCGCUGGAAAGGACGAGAGAAGAAAUGCGUUCGUGUGGAAAGGUGCGGUAUUCAAUACUACCAACGGCAGCGAUGUCCCCGUAACCGUCUCCUUUGAAGGCGUCGAGAAAGGCGCACACGCCAACCUGACGGUCCUCACGAAUCCUGGUGGCGAUCCAUACGCCUACAACGAUCCUUUCACAGGAAUCAAUAUCGUACACACCAAUACCACAAUCCUCACCGCCGGACUUAAAGGUUCCUUCACGUUCUCCAUGCCACAGCUCAGCGUAGCCGUCCUAGACACCGACUCGACCGCAGAAGGUGGAUAGUGAUACUAUGGCCAUGGAAAACCACCUUCGAAAUCCUAACGCCAUGGACGCGCGCUAUAAAAUAAAUUCCACAUUCUC